UGGCGAGAUAAAUUUCGCAAUUCGUGAUUUUUUAUGUUCUUAUAAAAAAAUGUGGCCUAUAUUUGUUAUGAUAUAAAAAUGUUUUUUAACGAUGUAAUUUUCUUUCUAAUGGUAUGUGAAAACUUCUAUUUACAAAUUGGGAUCAAACACAUUUCUAGGCCCAUCUUCUUCCAGCUCCCACGCAUCGUCGUCAUCGUCUUCUUCGCCAGUAACUCGGUUAUAAGCCAUACAUACAUUUAAAACAUCAUCGCUUUUGUUUAUUUCUAAGUUUAUUCCAAUCUCGUUCCCAGCGCCAGUUGUCUUUUUUUUAUCAGGAGGGCAAGCCAAGUGAGGGCGAGUCAAGAAAUAACUUUUAAAACCAGCAAUUUUUUUCUAAAUUUUAGUCGAUAAACUUUUGCGAAUUGACAAUUUAGAAAGUUUGUACUGAAUAAACUUUCGCGAAUGGCCAUUUUUGAAAGUUUCGCGAUACAAAGUUUCGCGAAAAAGGCCAAAAAACACGAAAGGUUCUCUCGCAAAAGUUUCUCCGAAUAAAGUACGGACUAUUCCAUUUACCCAGAUCAUUGGAGGGGGAAUACCUUUCAAUGGCAACGGGCUCCACCGAAAAAGAAUUUUGAAAUUUCUUUUUAGCAAGGUCUCUUUACUUUUAUCUUUUGUAGCACAGGUAAUUUUUUUAUUUACGUGAUAAAACCAUUUGCACUUUAAAAAUUCUCAGGGGGCGAAAGUUCUUAACAGUCGCCAUGUUUAACAGCGCCACAAAUUAUACACAAUUAACUUUAUGUAUAUUUUACUUGUAUCGACUUCUUUGUCGUAGCAGGUCCUGUGUUAGUUCAUAGUUCGGCUAAACGACUGGAAGAUGUGUUUCAGUAAAUCUUGUAUGUUAAUGAUGGCUACGAAAAGAAAAGUCGUUUUUAUAGGUUAAAAUUUGCUUGCAAAACUAUGAAGCACUUCCAUCCUUAACUACGCUCCUGAUGGUGAAAUAAAGAGAAAAGUCUGUGUCUAAAAAAAUGUUCAAAAAAUCGUGGGAAGAAUUCAUGAAAGAGAAGAAGGUAUACAGGAAGAAUUUUGAAUUAUAUUAUUUAACUACUCGUGAAUGAAAACAAAAAGAAUUAGAAAAAUGUUAAACUCUGCGGCAGGGAAGAUUGGUGUUCCCAGAAGGACGCUUGCGUCUGAGACGUUACCAAUGGAAUCUAUUAUAAAACAAAACCUGAAGAUCGUAGAAAGCGCAAAACUAACUUUACUAGAGACCCAAGAGCUUAUUUCAAGAAGUCUUAAAAGGGAUGGAAGGCUCAAGUCCCGUGGUUACUGCAGAAUUGACGAAUCAGGAGAAAAAGAACUAAUUCACUACUCCAGUCGAAGAAACCCAGCGCGAUAUAAAUCCUUUCUCUACGAUUCACAAUUGCCAAACAUUUCACAGUUUUUUAAACCAAUUAAACGCAACGAAAAAGAUAAACGAAGAAAAGAAAACAGCAGCGAUGAAUUUCUUGACGAAACUUGUGCAAAUAAUACGAACACAUCAACUAAAUCCUAUGAAACGGUAGAGAGGUAUAAAAGUAGCUAUGGCAAAAAUGCAAGGGAAUCACCUCAUGAAAACAAGUCGCAUCGCCAAAUACAACCCGAAAUUUCCAACGGCAACGAAUUCUUAAUAAGGCAAAACUCAAGUUUUGAGAUUGAAAUUGACAAAAUUCCUUUAAGCAAACCAAGUAGCCUAUCAUACUUUAACAAAAAGACCCGCGUAUAUGAUGGUCAAAAUCGUAUCAGUUCUCGUUCGCCUUUUUCCAACACAAAAGAUGCCUGUAGAGGAAAAGUAGAAAUACGUGAUUAUAGAUCUAUGUAUGGUAGGACUAGCGAGAUAUUAUUCUCAAAUGACAGAAGAGGGGAUGAUACAUAUUUUUCUCUGCAGGAAGACUCUCCAUCUGUGAGUCCAGACUCCCAAAGUCAUAUCGGACACAAUCAACGCCGAAUGGAGGUGGAAUAUGGUCAUGUUUGGCAGCAAUACAAUAAGGCUGGUUGUCAAACUACUAGCGAAUCAUUUACAUCAUCUGAUCAGAGAGUUAAUAACGGUCCCUCUUCGCCAUACGUUGAUUACAGUCGCUUAAAAGAAGACAACGGGUUACUAAAUGCAAUAAUGUUUUACGACAACAGCGACACGAAGUCGAAAUCGCCGUCACCGAAAUUAGUUACGAAAAACAACAAACAAGGUUACUUGUGCAAUCAGUGUGGAAAAGUGUAUUGUCGUAAGUAUGUUUUGAAGAUCCAUCAGCGUGUCCAUUCUGGUGAAAAGCCGCUUGUGUGCCGAGUCUGUGGCAAGUGUUUUAGCGAUCCCAGCAACAUGAAAAAACACGUGAAGUUACAUGACUCGGAACAAGCUGUAUAUCCUUGCAAGUACUGCCCGAGACAGUUUUUACGAAAAGGAGGAUUGCUUAACCAUAUGCAGUCAAACCACUUGAAAGUUGGCACAGCUGAUGAGCUUGAGAAUGAUACUAAAAAUAAAGAGGGCUAACACAAAUAUGCAUUUGUUUGCGUUUGCAGUUGACGACCUUUUGUUUUCAUUUACAGUCAAACAACUUUAGAAUUUAUGUAUGUAAAAAGACUAUUUGCAUUGUAAUGUAAUAUACCCCAGUUUUUGUUUUAUAAAAA